GCUCGGAGCACGGGACGGUAAACGGAGAUCGGGCUGGGAAGGGAGGCUUUCGCGCCUUGCUGCGAAGGAUGGCUGGGGACAGGGCCCUUGGGAUUGAGGGAGAAUGAGCUCCCCAGAGACGCUCCUCCAGCAGUCUCUGCUCUGCCCCAGCCUUCUCGCCCCAGCUGCUGCCACUACCGCCCGGAGGCGCCUGCCUCCACCCUCCCGAAUGGUGCUCCUCCUCGCAGGCCUCGGCCCAGGAUCCAGGCCCCCUUUGCCCCCCGCCUCGGAGCUGUUGCUCCACGUCUCUCCUGGUGGACUCCCUGUCCCAGGGAAGGAAGAACUUUUUGCCCCGACGAGGCCAUCUCUGCAGGAACCCCACUGACAACUUGACCCUCAGACUCUGACUGAGUGUGAGGUUCUUCCUGUGCUCCCCUUUCCUGCCCUUUGAGGAGAGAGACCUUUCUCCUUUGCUGCCUCGAAGCCCAGGAAGCCUCAAGCUGGGGCCCUGGUCCCAGCAUGUCAGCCCUCUCUUGUGCAUAGGGCUCUGCCCUCUCCCUGUCAGCAUGGCUGAGUUCAGGCAGGUUCCAGGGGGCCGGGAGACCCCGCAGGGUGAGCUGCGGCUGGAGGUUGUCCAGGAUGAAGUCCCCAGGAGCCCAGUCACGGAGGAGCCGGGAGGUGGAGGAAGCAACAGCAGUGAUGCCAAAUUGUCCCCUAGAGAGGAGGAGGAACUGGAUCCCAGAAUACAGGAGGAGCUGGAGCAUCUGAACCAGGCUAGCGAGGAGAUCAACCAGGUGGAGCUGCAGCUGGAUGAGGCCCGGACCACCUACCGCAGGAUCCUGCAGGAGUCGGCGAGGAAGCUCAACACGCAGGGCUCCCAGCUGGGGAGCUGCAUCGAGAAGGCCCGGCCCUACUACGAGGCACGGAGGCUGGCUAAGGAGGCCCAGCAGGAGACCCAGAAGGCAGCACUGCGCUACGAGCGGGCCGUGAGCAUGCACAAUGCUGCCCGGGAGAUGGUGUUCGUGGCGGAGCAGGGCGUCAUGGCCGACAAGAACAGGCUGGACCCCACGUGGCAGGAGAUGCUCAACCACGCCACCUGCAAGGUGAAUGAGGCUGAGGAGGAGCGGCUCCACGGCGAGCGGGAGCACCAGCGGGUGACGCGGCUGUGCCAACAAGCUGAGGCCCGGGUCCAGGCCUUGCAGAAGACCCUCCGCCGGGCCAUUGGCAAGAGCCGUCCCUACUUCGAGCUCAAGGCCCAGUUCAGCCAGAUUCUGGAGGAGCACAAGGCCAAGGUGACGGAGCUGGAGCAGCAGGUGGCCCAGGCCAAGACCCGCUACUCAGUGGCCCUGCGGAACCUGGAGCAGAUCAGCGAGCAGAUUCACGCGCGCCGCCAGGGCCUGCCCCCCGAAGCCCCAGGCCCACGGCGCUCCUCCCCAGUGGGGGCCGAGGCCGGGCCCGAGGGCGCCGAGGACGGGGACAGCGGGAUCGAGGGGGCUGAGGGCGGGGGGCUGGAGGAGGGGGGCAGCCUGGGGCCCGGGCUCGCCCCCGACACGGACACGCUGAGCCUGCUGAGCCUGCGCACGGUGGCCUCGGACCUGCAGAAAUGCGACUCGGUGGAGCACCUGUGGGGCCUCUCUGACCACGCCAGUCUGGAUGGCCGGGAGCUGGGUCCCAGGAGCGGGGGGCGGCGGGGCAGUGACCGCGGGGGCCGCCACCAGCGCAGCGUGAGCCUGUAGGCCCGGCCUCCCGCGGGCAGGCGUGGUUUCUCCACCACAGUCCUACUCAGGGCCCGCAGACCCUCGGCUCCUCUCCUCUGGGGUCCUUCCUCCCCCGGAGGGCACCUUCUCCAGCGCUUCACUUGGAGAGGCUGGCUCUUUCUCGGUCCCCUGCGUCCAUCGUGGCUCCCUCACAGCCUCCCCAGUCCAGGUGGCAGCUCUCACUUUGCCUUACCUCUGCAGAAGGCUUGCUCCCGGGCUCACUCUUCUCUCCCCCUCCUGGUUCCUCAGCGCUUCUCUGGUACCCUUUGCUUUGUUCUUCCUGUCUGGCCUUUCUCCUUCUGUCUGGCUCUUUCCCGUCAGGAAACUGGGUCCAGAAGGCACAGGGAGGCCAGGCAGAGAAGGUGGUGCUGGGACGGAGUCCUGGUGUGCCCCCACCCCUGCCCGAGUGGGUGGACAGGCUCCCUGCUCACAGGACCCUUGCCCCGCGCACCUCCUCCACCCUUGCGUGUCCCGAUGAAGCCCCGGGGAUGCUGCCGAGCCCUCUCGGAAACCCCGCGCCUGUGUUUCCUUGUCCCAGGCUGCCUGUGUGUUAUCUGUGAGACAUCCGUGCACUCCUGUAUUGAAGGUACUGCCCCUUUCCUUCAGGGCUUACCCCUCGUCGAAACCUUAUCGGUUUUGUUAUGUGAGCCCCAAAACGUGGCUCAAAGCUGUGUCCGGGAAGAGGAAAGCCCAGUAUCAACCUGGGGAAUACCACCGACUCCAGACCGGCUCCCUGUGUCUGUGGUGUUUCCCCAGCUAUGCUGGGCCCUUGGGAUUGCAAAGGUGCUAUUGGGUCUCCCGUGGGACCCAUGUUGGGUGGUGGUGUGGCGCUGUGCGCGUUCCCGGUGACUGAGGCCCUGUCGUACCCGGUCCCUCACACUCCUGCUGUAGAGUGUGGUUUACUUUUUUCUGGGUAGAGGAUGCUGAACUGAAUUUCAGCACCCUUCUGCAUGGUCAGGUUAGGGAAUUUGGUGCUCAGUUGCUCUCCUUGAUCUUCUCCAAACCAAACAACCCUGACUCCAGGAUCCUUUGGAGAGUUAUCAGACAUGACUGCCAGCUGUGCCCCGUAACUCCCCUGAGGCUGGGUGGGGUCAGCCUGGGGUGAGAGGCCCCAGGCCCUUCAGAGAGCAGCCCCAGGUGCCUUGCGGUGCUCCCAUCUGUGAGGGGGGCAAGGUGGGGAGGCUGCAGCAGAGUCUGGGACUGCCUUGGGGGAGCUGGUCCCCCCCUUGUCCCACCCCAGGAGGGUGGGGAGUGGGCUCUUGGCAGAAGAGAGUGUGUUGGCCUGUUCCCCCUGCCACUGACUCAGGCAUGAGCCUCUGCAUGGUCGUAUCAAAGGGGGCAAGCGUGGGUGUCUCCCUGUCCUCUGGGGUGAGGGAGGAUGGUCACGAUGAGAACCAUGGGGUUUGAGGUGGCCAUCGGGGAGAGGAGAAGAGGGGUGAGGACAUGACUGUACAUGUGGGUGGGGGGAGUCUGCCCCUGCUUUUAUUUAAAUAAAAUAGUUUAUGUAAUA